AUGGCGAUACCACUGCUGGGAAAAGUGGUGAUGGUGGCAAUCACCCUCGCCGUCAUCGGCGGUCUGACAGCAGUGAUUAUCCUCUUUGUGAACGAUUCUGCGAAAGACGAUGACGGUGCAAUAACGGAACCACCGACUACACCAGAAGUACCUAGGGAUCCAAAUGUACUCUACUCGGGGGUUGGGAUAGCUGAUAUGACGGGACCUUGUGUGCAGAUUAAUUUCAUGGGAUAUGCAGAUAUAGCUCAAACCGGCGAAGGUAUACACACGCGACAGUUCUCUCGGGCCUUCAUUUUCCUGAAAGGUGACACGAGGGUCGUUCUGGUGACAGCUGAGAUUCAGGCUGUUGGAAUCGGAGUCAGGCGAGAGGUAGUGAAGAAUCUCCAAGAACGGUACGGCGACGUAUACAGUUUGCGAAACGUAAUAAUCACGGGAACUCACACGCACAGCACUCCGGGCGGCCAUCUUGUGGACUUCAUAUUAGACGUGUCCAUAUUAGGUUUCUCCAGGGAGACUUUCAAUGCAUAUGUUGAUGGCAUUACUAGGAGUAUAAUCCGCGCCCACGAGAAUAUCGUUCCUGCGAAACUAUUUUUCAGCACGACAUCCGUUUCUAACGCACAAUUAAAUAGAUCUCCAUUCUCUUAUGAAAAUAAUCCAGAAGAAGAGAGAAAUAGAUACGACACGAAUACGGACACGGAAUUGUCUCAAGUGCGCAUUGAGAAGACAGAUGGCAGUCUCCAUGGUGUGAUGAAUUGGUUCUCAGUGCACACAGUCAGCAUGAACAUGUCCAAUAAGCUCAUUUCAUCAGACAACCUCGGUUAUGCUGCUAUGAGGCUCGAGGCUACCCUGAAUCCAGGAAGUCAGACGGGAAAGCCUACAAUAGUGACUGGAUUCUUCUCAGCCAGUGAGGGUGACGUGUCCCCAAACACCCUCGGAGCUCGAUGUGAGUUUAGUGGAGACGCUUGCGACAAUCAGUUCGCUCUUUGCGAGCAAUGGGAACUCUGUUUCUCCGUUGGCCCUGGAUCAGAUAUGUUCGAGAGCACCAGGAUUAUUGGAACACGAGUUUAUGAGGGUGCUCUGGAAGCCCUAAAGAGUCCUGGUGAGGAGCUUCAAGGUGAUCUUGCUGUGAUGCAUCAGUUCAUUCAUAUGCCUUCAGAAACGGUUGCCAAGUACGAUCCGGUUGCCAGAACUUUUAAUACUUUGAAUCCGGUCAGUGGUUGUGUUCCAGGUUUGGGCUAUAGUUUCGCUUCGGGAACUAUAGAUGGCGCUAACGUACUUAACAUUACACAGGGUACAAUUAUAAAUAAUCCGAUACUCGACGCUAUCAGCGGUAUAGUAGCACGUCCAACCGAAGAAGACAAUGAAUGCCACGCCCCAAAACCUAUACUGCUGGCUACCGGCAGGGCUCAAAUACCAAUCCCCUGGCAUUCCAGUGUGGUCUCAGCAACGAUAAUCUGGCUCGCCGGUCUGGCGAUAGCAGGCGUACCAGGCGAACCCACAACUAUGGCUGGCAGAAGGAUUAAAGAUGUCGUCGGUUCUGUGUUGGAGGAGAAGGGCUUGGAGCCUCGUGUAGUGGUGUCCUCGCUAUGUAACGAGUAUAUACAAUACGUCACUACGUUUGAAGAGUAUCAAGUACAAAGAUAUGAAGGAGCUUCUGUCAUAUACGGGCCCCACACACUUGACAUAUUUCUUAACAAAUUCCGAGAGCUGACAACAAUUGCACUGGAGGGUGGUGAUGUCCCACCAGGUCCAACACCAGUGGAUUAUCGAAACAGGACGAUCAGUUUGAUCCCCAGAGUGUUUGUGGACACAUCCCCGCUGACACAUCGUUUCGGUGAAGUUCUUGAAGAGCCGCAGUCAGCGAGACCAGGAGAAACUGUACGAGCUACCUUCAUAGCGGCCAAUCCGCGAAAUAAUCUUCGCCAGGAGUCGACUUAUGCCGUAGUGGAGCGGCUAGAGCUGGGACGAUGGGUAGUCGUUGCUACCGACGCCGAUUGGAGCACAAAGUUUACAUGGCGGCAGGAUUCGAUUCUCGGUACGAGCAGAGCGACCUUCGAGUGGACGAUACCAGCUGAUACCAUUGCUUUGGAGAUGCCUUACCGCAUGGUGUACUACGGCACAGCGCGAGGGCUUCAGGGUUACAGAGAGUUCACGGGAAGAUCCAAAACUUUUUCAAUAAAUAGCUAG